AUGGAUCACAAAGAAUCUAACAGAAGAAUUGGAGCUCUGAAAUCUACGUCUUCUCUUGUGGAACUAACCAGUAAAUCUGGUGAUUAUGCUGCUCAUCCACCAUUUACAAAAGGUGCGUCAACUGGAACCUAUGCACCUAUAAGGUCAUCUGAUGGUUGUUCGCCAAGUACAUUUAGUUGUCAAUUACCACGAACAUCUCCCGAGUAUUCAACAACAUCUUCAAACCCAUCUCGUGCUGCAUUUCUUUCACGUCAGGCAUCUUUUGAUCAAGGUGGUGAGGGUCGUCUUUCUUCAACUCAAGUUAAACAACGUUUAAAGGCUUAUCUGCUUAAUCGUCGGCGUGGGCGUGUCCUUGCUAACAGACACUGGAGAGCAGAUGGUAAAGUAUGCGGCUCAUCACAAAAUCCCUUCACCGAAUCAGACUUUGAUGAAAGUUUAGAACACUCAGGAAGUGAAUCAUGUCAACAAGGAAUGUGUCAUAUAGGUGAUCACUGGCACAGUGCUGACUCUCCAGGUUUCAGUGAAUGGGAUUUAG